AAUGGUUACAGGUGGUUUUUUUCCCAGAGUCACGGAUUAGAGGAGUCAAUUACUCAUACAGACAGAGCCAAAGUAAAAGUAAAGUAAAGAAAGAGCAUUACCUCCUCAAGAUCGUUGAUUGCGUACACACGCGCGCACACGCACACACGCACACGCACACACACUCACACUCCAAUCCGUCCCCAGUUCGUCCAUUCCCCCCCCCCUUCCCCUUCCUCACCUGUAACCCCAUACAAAAACUUACUUAGCACUAGCAGAAGAGGAUCCGCUACACUGCACAAUCAUCUUGUUAUUCCAUGGCAGAAGCACGGGCUGAGGCUUGUACGGGUGGUAGUGGUACUAGUACUACUACUAGUACUAGUUGUAGCAGCACCAGCAGCAUCAGCAUCAGCAUCAGCGAUGGAUCCCCAAUAAGCAGAAUCGCCCAGGACCAUCUGUUCACAAUCUUGCUCCUCUUGCCUGUUGAAUCCGUCCUUUCUUUCUCCUCCACCUGCAAGAAAUUCAGGUCCUUGGCUUGCUCCGACUCCCUCUGGGAGUCCAUAUGUCGGAGAGAGUGGGGUCUCACCUCUGUUGAUGCCCUCAGAUCAUCUUUCUCCCAUCAUCAUCACCCCGGCCAGUCUCAGGGCCAUCAUAGAACUUCCCCUUCCAAUUGGAUUAACAUAUACCGUCAAGUCUCUCGCCUGGACUCCGUCACUUGCUACAAUCUGUCUGAUCUCGGUGAAGAAGAAGAAGAAGAAGAAGAAGAGGCUGCUGCGCUUCCAGUCCCCGCCCCGAGGGCAUCUCACUCCCUCAACUUUGUCUCUGAUUGCUUGGUCUUGUUUGGUGGUGGUUGCGAGGGAGGGCGACAUCUCGAUGAUACGUGGGUGGCCUACAUUGGUAGAGAGUUUAGGAGGAAGCUAUUGUGGCAGAGGGUGAAUUCAGGAUUCCCAAGCGGGAGAUUCGGGCACACCUGUGUUGCAGUAGGCGAUUUCCUUAUCCUGUUUGGUGGAAUCAAUGACCACGGCAAUCGUCAAAAUGAUACCUGGGUCGGGCAAGUAGGAUUCCAUGAGACCUUAGGUAUCAGUUUAGUGUGGAGGUUACUCGAAGUUGGGUCGAUUGUCCCCCCUGCCCGAGGAGCCCAUGCAGCUUGUUGCAUCGACAAUAGAAAGAUGGUUGUCCACGGAGGAAUUGGGUUAUAUGGCCUUCGGUUGGGUGACACUUGGGUCCUGGAACUGUCCGAGAACUUGUGUUUCGGGAUGUGGCACGAGAUCAUGACUAACCCUUCUCCUCCAGCUCGUUCGGGCCACUCCUUGACUUGUAUUGGGGGGACUCAGACGAUAUUAUUUGGAGGAAGGGGUCUGGGCUAUGAAGUGCUCAACGAUGUAUGGCUUUUAGAUAUUUCUGGAGGUAACACGAAGUGGGUGCAACUAUUGUAUGAGAUACGUGAUAUUCCAGAAGGAGUUUCUCUUCCUCGCGUGGGUCACUCUGCUACACUCAUUCUGGGAGGUCGGCUGCUAAUAUACGGGGGCGAGGAUUCACUCAGGCACCGUAAAGACGACUUUUGGGUGUUGGAUACUAAAGGGAUUAGGUCGCAGGGAAUGCAAGGGAAUAAAGUGAACUCCAACACCAAGGGUCUUCUGGCAAGUUCGUGGAGAAGGCUGAACUCAAAAGGGUAUAAGCCAAGCUGUAGAUCCUUCCAUCGGGCAUGUGCAGAUCACCUGGGGAGGUAUGUGUAUGUGUUCGGUGGGAUGGUAGAUGGUCUGCUACAUCCUGCUGCCUCCUCUGGGCUGAGGUUCGAUGGGGAGCUCUUUCUUGUGGAAUUACUGCAUUCUCAGUUGUAAAGAUGAGAGUGAAUCUACGGAAAACCUAGAUUCCGUAUUGUAGUUUCUUAGGAGUCCAGUUGGGUAUUCCUGUGCUGUAUUGUAUUAAAAUGCGUAUGGCCUGUAAGUAUCCUUUGCAGUAGUGAUGAGGAAGGAAUCAUAAUGACUAUAUAUGUUUCUGUGCUGCUGAGAGAGAACAGUUUCUCCAUGUUUUCUUGGAUGGAAAUGACUGGGAUCAGCUGCUUGCUGCCGGUAGUAUGGCAUUUGAAUAAAUGAAGCACCCAGAUAGAGCUCAAAUGUGGCCAUGCUUUUGGGGUAUUUGCAGUCA